GUUGGGCUACCUCAAAAAUAUAUUGGAGGGGGUACGGUGGAUCUUUGUAAUUGUGUUGGCAUAUGAAUUGAGCUUGUACAGAUACCAUUCUAGUACUCAAGAUGGCAUCAGACGAAGGAAAAAAGAAUAAGAUCAAGAGGCUAGCCUCAGUUAGAGCAGUUGCUAUACAAAAGGGUGUACUGACUCAUGAGGUAGACGAGGGCAGCCCGUGCUUGAGAUGUGGUGACAGCUGUCCAGGAUUCUCUCUACACUUCUGGAGGAAGAUCUGUAAGAACUGCUUGUGCCCUCGUGAGGAGCAUGACAUCAACGAAGACACUUCCAAGACUGAACUCCAGGAAACUCAAGUCGGAAAGAUUCUCUUUUCCCCCUCAGCUGAUACCCUCACCAGGAAGGUCAGUGGAGAUGCCGGAGGCAGGUCACCAAGCUCCAGGCCGCGGAGAUCACUGGAAGCGUCAGGACAAGUUGACAGCCCCAGUUUGCUCAAGAAAUCGCAUAAUUUUAUCUGGACUCCAAGUGGCUGCUCCGUAGCUGCUGCUCGCGCAUAUUUUGAAGGCCUCCCUCAGAACAAAGCACCAGUGAGAGGAACACCUGGAGAAAGGUAUCGCCAGAAGCAGUUGAUCCGUCAGCUACCUGCCUACGACAUCGACACACUGUACUGUAACGACUUGGAAGAUGAGGAAAGGAAACAAAUGGAGUUGUUUGUUCGUGUGCGGAGAGAGAAGGCUCUUGGUAGGGGUGAGGUCAAACUGAGGGAACAGGGAGACCGGUCUCCACUGUGGGUGUGUUCUGACUGCAAGCUCCCCAUGAGGACGGGAGAGGUGGGGGUGUUUGCUGAUCGGGCAGGGGUCAACAAGUGCUGGCACCCUGCCUGCUUCACCUGCUGCGAUUGUAACGAGAUCUUGGUGGACCUGAUCUAUUUCUAUCACAACGAGGACAAGAGGAUAUACUGUGGGAGGCAUCAUGCAGAGAGGUUAAAGCCUCGCUGUGCUGCUUGUGAUGAGCUGAUCCUGUGUACUGAGUACACUCGUGCGGAGGACAGUGACUGGCAUCUAGACCACUUUUGUUGCCUCCGUUGCGACAAAGAGCUCGGAGGUAAACAGUAUCGGCCUCAGGAUGGGAUGCCGUUCUGUCUGUCCUGUUAUGAGAUUUCCUUUGCCACUGUCUGUGAGUCAUGUGGCAAAACGAUUACACUAGAUGAGCCCCGCCUCUGCCACGGUAACUACACCUGGCACGGGACGCCCAAGUGCUUCAGAUGUGCCGUCUGCCAUGACUCGCUGGUGGACAAAGCAUUCCUACCCAAACACGGCAAAGUAUUCUGUUCCAAAAGUCACGCCAAGCAGUAUCGCUCUAAAAACUAGAACUGUAUACUGCAUAAUUAUAUAGUUAUAUACCUAUAGCAUAGUUAUGUGUCUCUUAGCUGCACUUGUGUAUAAUGUUCCCAUAAUGUUCACGUUCUUUAUAAUCUUUAAAUUUGUUGUCGCAUGAUUCUUAAUUAAAUAUUGUGUUUUUCUGA